UCCCUACUAAGUAGUCUUUGCUCUCUUGUUUCGCGCCACUUUUGAGUAUAGUGUGUGCAAGAUGGCGCCAAUCGGAGAUACCGAUUCGACCCAACAAGAUGAUUCGCUCGCCUCUCGUCGCUCAAAACGAGCGAAAAAGCAAACGGGGGCGAAUUCAGCUUUGGAGAAAAUCAGGAAGUUUCGAGAGACAGGAGAAAGGACAAAAUUUGAGGUUGGGUCUGUUAAAGAUGUUUACCGCGUCGUAGAUGAGGAAGAGUAUUCUGACAUUGUCAGACAAAGACAGGAGGAGGACUGGGUUGUUGACGAUGAUGGAGCUGGUGGAUAUGUGGAGGACGGCAGGGAGAUAUUUGAUGAUGAUCUUGAUGAGGAAGAAGUUCAAAAAGGGCCAAAGCACAAGCCAAAAAAGCAAAAUGUCAAGAAACCAACAGUCAAGGCCAAAACCAUCAAUAAGAUGUUUCUUGCUGCAAGUGCAAAAUCAAAUAAGUCAGAGCCUGAGAAAGCAUCUCUUGGUAGUGAUGACUUUCUUGAUGAUAUUCUGAAAGAAGUUGAGAAUCCAAGACAGCCUGUGAAACUUCCAAAGUCUAAGACAAGUGUUUUCAGGACACCACCUGGAAUAUCUACACAAAAAGCUACACCAAGAAGACUACAGGCAACUGGAAGUCAACCCAGGUCAUCACCUUUUGGCAUCCAGAGGGCCUCGUUACCUCCUGUCAAAUGCAAACCCAAGGAAGGCCCAGAGGAGAAGUAUGGUGGCCUUGUGGGGGAGCCCAUGGAGGAUGUCAAGGAAGAAGCUGACUCAGGUAAUGACGACAUGGGCUUUGAAGACUUUGGUGAUGAUGAUGCACUGGGUGAUGCUGAUGCUUUGCAAGCGUUGGAUGAGGCAGAAUAUGAUGCCAAACCCAUAAAGGUCAAGGAAGAAAAGAUGGAUGAAAUGGAGAUCUCUAAUCCUAUUCCUGUUAAAGCUGUGAAAAGAGAGAUUGAUGGUGGUUCUGCCUGGGAGACUGUUCUUGGGCAAGAUCAAUCAAAAGAACAUGAGACCUAUAGUGAUGUGGCGGUUGAUUCAUCAUCUCUUCCUCUUACUGAGAUUGAUGGUGAAAAGUUCUUGCAGUUUUACUGGUUUGAUGCUUAUGAAGACAGAAUCAAGCAACCAGGUGUGGUCUAUCUGUUUGGCAAAGUGAAGAUAGAGUCUGCUGGCAAAUAUGUGAGCUGUUGUGUAACAAUUAAGAACAUUGAUAGGAACAUCUUCAUUCUUCCGAGAGAAAAGCGGAUUGGAGCUGAUGGAUCAGAGUCAGAAAAUAGUGUUGGGUUUAAGGAUGUCUAUGAGGAAUUCAAUGAAAAAAUUGCCAGUAAAAACAAGAUCAUGAAGUUUGUGUGCCGGAAAGUGGAGAAGAGUUAUGCGUUUGACAUUGAAGACAUACCUACAAGUUCAGAGUACCUGGAGGUCAGAUACUCGGCGGAGUAUCCUCAGCUGCCGUCUGAUCUGAAAGGAGAGACUUUCAGUCAUGUUUUUGGAACCAACACUACAAGUAUGGAGCUGCUACUUCUGAAUAGAAAGAUGAAAGGACCAUGUUGGCUAAACAUCAAGAACCCACAGCUGCCUGGUCAGCAAGUAAGCUUCUGCAAGGUCGAGGCUGUUGUUGGAAAACCAGACUUCAUUGAAGUUGCUCCUGAACAAGACAACCCUCCACCCCUGGUGGUGAUGAGCCUCAGUAUGAAAACACUCAUGAACUCGAGGACCCACACACAAGAGGUCCUGGCGGUGUCUGCGCUGGUUCACCAAGAGGUUGCUGUUGACAAGGCUGCCCCUAAGGACAAGUUCCAGUACAGGUUUUGUGCUGUUAGCAAACCUAGCGACAAGAUGUACCCAUUCGACUUCAAGGACAUCAUCAAGAAAAAGCACUUGAAGAUCGACGUGAUGGCCUCUGAGCGAGCCUUAUUGGCAUUUGUCGUUGCCAAGAUACACAAGAUAGACCCUGACGUCCUAGUGGGUCAUGAUAUAUUCGGCUUUGACCUGGAUAUUCUUCUUCACCGGAUAAGUGCUUGCAAGAUUCCCCAGUGGUCUCGGAUUGGCCGACUAAAGCGCUCCAUCAUGCCUAAGUCUUAUCAGGGGCGUGGUGGACACAACGUGGACCCCACUGUGACAUGUGGGCGACUGUUGUGUGACGUGAAGAUCUCGUCACGCGAACUCAUCAGGAGCAAGAGUUAUGACCUCUCAGAGUUGUCACGGGUCGUGCUACAGACUCCACGCCAAGAACUGGACCAAGAUGACAUCGGUAACAUGUACAAUACGUCUCAAGAACUACUUCACUUGCUUGAAUUGACAACGGUCGACUCGUUGUUAACGUUGAGAAUUAUGUACGAGCUUAAUGUGUUGCCGCUUGCCCAUCAAAUAACCACCAUCGCAGGCAACGUUUUGUCUCGCACACUGCUGGGUGGACGAUCAGAGAGAAACGAGUUCCUUCUUCUCCACGCCUUCCAUGAGAAGGGAUACAUUUGCCCGGACAAAAGCUACGGCAAGAAACAAGUGGCUGCACCAGCAGGAGGUGAAGACGACGAUGAUCACGUGACCACCACUAAGAAAGGCAGACGCAAGCCCGCGUACGCCGGGGGCCUGGUGCUGGAACCCAAGAAGGGUUUCUACGACAAGUUCAUUCUCCUACUGGAUUUCAACAGUCUGUACCCAUCCAUCAUCCAGGAAUACAACAUUUGUUUCACCACCAUCGACAGGAAAUCUGCGAAAGACGAGGAGGACGAUAUCGUGGAUCUGCCAGAUAUGGACCAAGAUCCCGGGAUCCUACCCACCGAGAUCAGAAAACUGGUGGAGCGACGGCGACAGGUUAAAGGAAUGAUGAAGACUGUUAGCCGAGACAGCGAUAAAUACUUGCAGUACGACAUCAGACAGAAAGCCCUGAAGUUGACAGCAAACAGCAUGUAUGGAUGUCUUGGUUUCUCGCACUCACGUUUCUACGCAAAACCUCUCGCAGCGCUCGUUACAAGCAAAGGGAGAGAGAUUCUGAUGAAGACGAAAGACUUGGUCCAGCAGAUGCAUCUGGAUGUUAUCUACGGGGAUACAGACUCUAUCAUGAUUAAUACCAAUUCUACAGACCUGCAGGAGGUCAAGAAAGUCGGCAACAAGGUUAAAAGCGAGGUGAACAAGCUGUACCGUCUGCUGGAGAUCGACAUCGACGGUAUCUUCAAGUCCAUGUUACUACUCAAGAAGAAAAAGUACGCGGCAAUCAUGAUAACAGAAAACGAGGAUGGUACUAUGAAUGAAGUGAAAGAAAUGAAAGGUCUCGACAUCGUGCGAAGGGACUGGUGCGACCUGGCAAAGGAUGCUGGAAACUAUGUUUUGUCCCAAAUUCUGUCGGCCCAGUCACGUGAGGCUAUCGUUGACAAUGUCCACGAUUUCCUGAUUACAAUUGGUGAAGACGUGAAAGGCGGUAAAGUCGACCUGCAGAAAUACGUGAUCAACAAGCAACUCACAAAAGCACCACAUGACUACCCGGACAAGAAGUCGCUCCCGCACGUGCACGUAGCCCUGUGGCUGAUGAGCAAGUCCAGAAAAGUGGGCGUAGGCGACACCAUCCCUUACGUCAUCUGUGACGACGGCUCCACCUUACCAGCGUCUCAGCGCGCGUACCACCCAGAUGAGUUCCGCAAGUCCGACUCACUUAAGAUCGACACAAAGUACUACCUGGCCAAUCAGGUACACCCUGUUGUGGCGCGCCUGUGUGACCCCAUCGACGGGACUGAUUCCGCCAGGAUAGCAGAGUGCUUAGGUCUUGAUCCUUCCGGUUACCGGCACGCAGCGACUCGACAUGACGACGAGGCGGAUGCUUUACUUGGUGGCCAGGCCCAAAUGACAGAUGAGGAGCGGUUUAAGGAUUGCGUCCGUCUAGUGUUGAAGUGCAAGCAACCUGGCUGUGAUCAGCAGACAACCAUCGAGGAACUCUGCAAAGACGCGUCGGCGCGCACGCCUUUGUUGUCUGCGCUAUGCCCCGGAUGUGAGAAACUCUACAGUCCAGCGACAGUCAUAAAUCACUUGACUGUAAUCAUUCGCAAGCACAUCAAGGAGUAUUAUGCCGGUUGGCAAAGAUGCGAAGACCCGUCGUGUGACCACCGCACUCGUCAGGUGCCCCUGAUGCAUCAUAGGGGCACCCCCACAUGUCCUAACUGUCACAGAGCUCACAUGCUCCCUGUGUACUCGGACACCGCUCUUUACAAUCAGCUUCUGUUCUAUGGUCGUCUGUUUGACGCGGACCGCGCCUUGAAAACCUUGAAGGACAAUGGCGGGAAAGACUUUUUGUUAAAAUCAUACCUGAAGGAGAACAAAAUUGUAAAAUCAUUUUACACCGAUGUCCACACCGCCCUACAGCGCAUUAUCGAAGCUAACGCGUACUCCGAGGUGGACCUUGCCAAGCUUUUCAAGACAUUCCUCAGCUGAGGAGAGUUGGGGAGAAGCAACACAGGACACGACAAGCCAAGCAUUACCCAUAAGCCACAGGGAUUAGCCACAAUGCCUCGAAUUACCCAUAAGCCACAGGGAUUAGCCACAAUGCCUCGAAUUACCCAUAAGCGACAGGGAUUAUCCACAAUGCCUCGAAUUACCCAUAAGCCACAGGGAUUACCCCACAAGGACAAUCCCUUGAAUUACCCAUUACCCACAGGGAUUACCCAUGAGCCACAGGGAUAAGCCAUAAGCCACAGGGAUUACCCAUAAGCCACAGUUAUUACCAAUGAUUCACAGGGAUUUCCCAUAAUGCCUUGAAUUAACCAAAACUCUUAUAAUCGUCUUGACCCCAGAGUACAUUAACUUUAUCAAGAAUUUUUCAGAAUUAUAGCAGAGAUUACCUAAAAUGCUGGGAGUCAUUUUGUGAUCUUUAUUCAUGAUGUGUAAUAAAUUAUUAGUUAUCCACAAUUCCUCGGGAAGAAACUGUGCAUAUAUAAAUCUCACGAGGGAUAUCGAACCUACACAGGUUUGUCUUGGUUCAUACAUUCGCAAAUUAAGCUAUAUUUUUGUGCUUUGUAAUCUAUUUUGUGAGUUUUUGUAGUCUAUUUUUAUAUAGAUAUCAAUUAAAGUCGUAAGAAUGACA